AUGCAGCGUUCACCAGCUUUGGUUCGCAAAAUUCUUCGCCAAGGAAGCAACCACAUCCAAACCGUUAAUUCCAGGCCAUGCGACGUGUUCAUUAACCACCGUGGGAUUGACACCAAGAGAACCGUGGCCGGGUUGCUCUUUUACCAUUUCUCGCGGCUCAGGCUGCAUCCGUUUUUGGACAGCAAGAACAUGAAACCUGGGGACAAGCUGUUCGAUGAAAUCGAUGCUGCGAUUCGAAAAUGCAAGGUGGGGCUUGCCGUGUUUUCGCCUCAGUAUUGUGAAUCUUACUUUUGUCUUCAUGAGUUGGCUCUGUUAAUGGAGUCCAAGAAGAGGGUGAUACCAGUUUUCUGUAAUGUAAAGCCGUCUCAACUUAGGGUCAGGGACAAUGGAACUUGCUCUCCAGUUGAACUUCAAAGGUUCAGUUGGGCGCUUGAAGAAGCCAAGUAUACCGUUGGACUUACUUUCGACUCCUCCAAAGGGGAUUGGUCGGAGUUCCUGAGAGACGCUUCUGAUGCGGUGUUGCAGAACUUGCUGGAGGUAGAAGGAGAAGGAGCAUACAAGAUUGACCAUAAAUACGAUUUUCAGGAUCAAUGUUAAUAUGUUAAUACACACACAAAACAAUCAAUUACUUGACAAUCUCACAAAAGAUAAAAAGUAAUUACUUCAAAAACUCACAUUUGUUCUUAAUUACUUGGUAUGUCUUACAAAUUCAUUGAUUUUUUUUUGUAUAGGAGACAAAGAAUAUCUUCAAAGUUUCUAACACGUUUUGUUGAUUUUUGUAUUUCGUUUGAUUAGGAUUGAAUAAACUGUAUA